AUGGCUCCUCGUAUUGAAGCGCAAGAGAUCGAGACAUACUGGAACAUCUUCUCCGCCCGUACAGGCGGAGGUCAAUUCCUGACGGGCGAGCAGGCCGCGCCGGUGCUUAAGAACAGCGGCCUGACGGACAACCAGCUCGAGCGGGUGUGGGACCUCGCCGACGUCGACAAUGACGGCAACCUCGACUUUGAAGAGUUUUGCGUUGCGAUGAGAGUCAUCUUUGAUAUAUUGAACGGCGAAUACUCAGACGUACCGACGACACUCCCCGACUGGCUGGUGCCCGAGUCCAAAGCACAUCUUGUUCAGGCGAAUCGCGCGCUUACGGGGAGGCAAGUGGCGUUUGAGCAGGUCGAGGACGACCCGGACUCGCCCGGAUUGAAGGACGGCUUCGACUGGUACAUGAGCCCCCAAGACAAGUCCAAGUACGAGUCGAUAUACCAAGAGAACCGGGAUGCGCGGGGAGAAGUGGCAUUCACCGCCCUAGAGGACCUCUAUGAAUCCCUCGACGUCCCCGACACCGACAUCCGCUCGGCAUGGAACCUCAUCAACCCUUCGGCUAGUCCCUCCAUCAACAAGGAUGCUUGCCUCGCCUUCCUCCACAUCCUCAACAACCGCCACGAAGGGUUUCGAAUUCCGCGCACCGUCCCCGCUUCCCUCCGCGCCUCCUUCGAGCGCAACAAGAUCGAUUACCAGCUUGAUAACCAGACGCCCGGCGCGUCCCGCUGGGCGACGAAGGCCGACGACUCGACGGCGACAGGCCGCAAGGCCAAGUUCGGCGACCAGUAUCUCACCCGCCUCGGUCGCAGCGGCUUCAAGUCGAGCGGCACCGACUUCUCGACUGCCAAGACGGAUGACUGGGAGGAGGUUCGCCUCAAGAAGCAGCUGCAGGAGCUGGACGAGAAGAUGGCCCGUGUCGAGGCUGACGUCGAGCGCAAAAAGGGCGGCAAGCGGGACAGCAAGCCCGCCCUCGUCAAGCGCGAGCUCGAGCAGCUUCUCGACUAUAAGCGCAAGCAGCUGCGCGAUCUCGAGGACGGGGCCAGCAAGGCCAAGGGUGGCGCUAGUCUCCAGAGCGUAUCGGAUGACCUGCAGACGGUCAGGGAGCAGGUCGAGGGCCUCGAGACGCACCUCUCGUCGCGGCAGCACGUGCUUGAGCAGCUGCGGAGGGAGAUUGAAGACGAGAAGCUUAGCAGAUGA